UAGUCAACAAACGACAGGUCACUAAAGCCGCGUUGCUCAGAUUACAUCUAACAAUACACAGGUUCGUAGAUUAGCAGGUAGGAAAAGAGACUUUGUCUACUUUACAUCUGAACAUCAUCGUCAACAUAUCAACAGUUAAGGAGGCUGAACCAUGGAUGCAACUGACUAUUCUGAAGCCAUUGAAAAGACUCGAUUCAUAAAACGGAUAAAGAACAUAUCCGAUGAAGUUGAGGGUCGUCCGCUUACCGUGGCUCUGAUUGGCUGUGUCGGUGUCGGCAAAUCGUCGCUUAUUAAUACAAUUGCUGCGGCAUUGUCGACAGGUCGAUGGCGCGAGUAUGCGUAUUCUGGUAUGAGAGGAAACAUGGCUGAGCCGGUGACAACACACACCAAACGGUUCCCCAGAUGUUGUCAACCUGACUCAAUGGACACAGAGAAGUUGCCCACACUGUUGGAUAUCGCGGGAUUUCCAGAGGCCAUGGACUGGAUUUGGGAGAAGGUUUUACAGCUCCUGUUUUACGGUCGCAUACCAGAAAAUGAGAACCUAAAGAACGUCUAUGAUUACUUAACAAGACAACGGGAGGACGCCAGCAUCAUUCCGAAGUACAUCAGAACGUACGACCAUCUCAAAGUAGACCGGGUGAUCGUGGUGUGUUCUGCUAACGAGGAAGUACCGGAACAUCUCCUUGAUUCGGUGAUGCGUGCAGCCAGACCGUUUGACGGACCAGCAAAGAGAAAUAUUCCCAUAUUCUGUGCCAUGACAAAAUCUGACACGGUGGAUGAAACUGGAGACCCCAUUGUAAGACAACGACGUAAUGCUGUGAUCGCCAGUCUGGGCCUCCAGGGCUCAGAACAUCGCUUUGCGAUGUGCACCAAUUACUGCAGCGCCGUCGACCCGUUUGAUUUACGCCUGGAACAAACUCUGCCUGGGCUGGAUGUACCAGUUCUCAAAUUCUUCACCCAAGUUUGUGAUCCGGUUAUAGCAGUUGAUCAUGCAAACCAGAACUACCCAUGGACUUUGUAUGGCAAACAGAUUUAUUUUACCGCUUGGAAUCAUUAUCAUUGCUAUAUUGUUCUGCAUUUUGUUUAUGAAAUGACACUGCCCAAUAACAAGGUUGAUGCCCAGUGGUUAGAGAGUUUGCGGUAUUUUUUAAUUGUAUAUUGAUGUUCAUGGCCAGUUCUUCCACAUGUGUCGUUGCAAGAGGAUGAAACAUCCUGUUACGGAUUUCCUACGUGAGUGGCAGUCUUCCUAAGGACGCACCUGAGAGUGGAUCAUGGAAGUAAUCACGACUUUGUCUGACUUCCUUUCGACUCUGUCUUGUGCAGAAAUAUAAAUACAAGAAAUAGUUAUUUAAAUGUUACAAUAAAACAUUACAUUGCUAUUUUAAAAUAAAGCAGUUAUUUAUCUAAAUGUUACAAUAAAAUAUUACAUUCCUGUUUUAAAAUAUAACCUUUAUUUAUCUAAAUGUUACAACAAAAUAUUGCAUUCCUA